UUGAAAGUGGUAUGUACCAUUUGUGAGUGUGAGUUCUGUAUUUUUCGUAUGCGCGAAAAAGAGUAGUCUCGUUUGCUUAAUAUGUCUUCUAAUGCAAUUUGCAAUCACCUCCACUGUAAAUGUGUCGUCUGAGCACCCUGCUGACCACCAUUGCCGGAAGACCAAUAGUGGUCAAUAGUAGUGGUUCCCAAUAGUGGCAAUCAAUAGAGUCUGGAUUCUAUGUACAACCUUUUCGAAGCAACUCAGUUUACAAUCAACGUAGUGCCAUAUCCUGUCUUGAUUUAAAACCCACUGGAUCGCCCGAGGUGGCCAAAAACGCCAAAAUUAAUAAAACAUGGUUGAUAUGAAAUCUCCCCCCUCCCCUCUGCGCGUGAGAGCCGCGAGAGCCUAGCUGAUUUUUGUUCCCUUCUAAAUGAACACGGGAACGAACGGAAAUACGUCUGCGCCCAGGCUAAACGGGAACUUGAGAGCACACACAAUGGUGUACAAUCCCCAAGGUCAUUCAAGGGCACAAACGAAACAGCAACCAAGCGUGGGGGCCAAGGCAACAAUAUGUACGAAUGUUGAAAGCAUACCAAAAUUUCAAAAUUAAGGCUUUCAGCAGAAUUUUUAUGUCAUGAGCUGCUGUUUCUAAAUGGUUCCCCCCACCCCGAACCCCGCCUCCCGAACAUUACUUGUUUUAUUUUCUCCAGAUGGGAAAACUUGAGGAUGUUUUUCACUGCCCGGAGUCCCAGUGGACAGCGGUUGUUGAGUGACCCAUUUUGUAAUCGAUGUUUUUUGCACAGCACGUUUGAGCUCAUUACCAUGGAAGAAUGUUAUGAUUUGUUAACUGUGAAAAGGCAACUGGGAUCCAAGUUUGCUUAAUUUUUGUCAUGGACAAGUCUCUUCUUGGUAAUGUGACAUUCGUACAAGGGGUGCGCCGCUUUCUGUAUGCAGUGUCACCACAGGAGGCCUCUUUUGCAAAACUUGGAGAUGUGCCAGACUAUCUAAAUGAAGCUGUUCCAUUUUUCUUAGGUGCCAUUGCAGUGGAGUACAUAUUAUGUUUUCUCACCAAUCUGCCUCGAGCAAGGUUGAAUGAUGCAUUCAGUUCAGUUGCUGCAGGAGUUUUUUCUCAGUUGUCAAAGAUAAUUGUGCUGAGUGUUGAACUUGUUUUUUAUGUGUUCAUUUAUAACAAUUUCCAGCUGGUAGAACUGCCAUGGGACUCCCCUGGGACAUGGUACCUUUGUUUCGUUGGAGUAGAUUUUCUCUAUUACUGGUUCCACAGAGCUGCACAUGAAAUAAACAUUAUGUGGGCAGCUCAUCAAGUACAUCAUAGUUCAGAGGAUUAUAAUCUUACAACAGCUCUGAGACAAUCAAUAGUGCAGAAUUACACGUCUGCGAUUUUUUACAUGCCCUUAGCCCUGGCAGUACCUCCUUCAAUCUUCUUUGUCCAUUCUCAGUUCAACAUGCUUUAUCAGUUCUGGAUUCAUACAGAGAUUGUACGUUCUCUUGGACCCCUGGAGUACAUUCUCAACACUCCAAGUCAUCAUCGUGUUCAUCACGGAAGAAAUCCAUACUGUAUUGAUAAGAACUAUGGUGGAACAUUGAUAAUCUGGGACAGAAUGUUUGGAACUUUUCAGGCUGAAACAGAUGAAGAAAUAGCUUAUGGUCUGGUUCAUCCACUGGCUAGCUGGGACCCCAUUUGGGCUCAGCUUUGUCACUUCUCCCACAUUUGGAAAACCUUUUGGGAAACACCUGGACUGAACGACAAGCUGUCUGUGCUAUUCAAAGGUCCUGGAUGGACACCAGGAAUGCCUCGUUUGGGUGAUCCUGCAGAUCUGCCAGAGAUCGAGUAUCCUAUUCAGAAAUAUGACAGCUCCUUGACAUACUGGGGAAACUUGUAUGUUCUUGUGCAUUUUGCUGUUGCCAUUGUUGCAUAUCAGCUUCUGAUUGCAAGAAGAAUGGUAAUGAGCCAACUUAAUGUUCUUGGUGUCAUUUCUUAUUUUAUUUUCACCAUUUCAAGUAUUGGAGCUCUCUUUGAUAACAAGUGGUAUACCCCAUACAUGGAGUUAUUCCGCUGUCUUCUUUUCCUGAUUGUGGACCUUGUGCUUUCGUCUCAAAAUCUGGAAACUGGAGUUCUUCCCACUGGCUACAUCGGUGUGAUCAGAGGGAUCUUCGUUGGAUCUGCGUUUCUCUGGAUAACAGGUUCCUUGGUGUCCAAAACCAAAUUAAAACUACAGUGAUUCUAUUACCAACGCACCCUAAGAAGCGAGACCUAUCUUGGACAAUCGGAGAUUUGAGCUACGAAAAACAUUUGGACUGUCGAAAAAAUUUGAUAUAGGAAGAGACACAACAGAUAGUAUAGAGGGCUAGCAAUGUGGCAGAUUAAAUUUUAUUAUAAUUUCAAAAUAGAAAUUAUAUUACACGAAGGAAUACAGCAAACAGAAAACUAUUUAGGCCUAUUUAAACAGCGACUUCAACGACAUUGCAACCUGUGAACGGAGACAGAAUUUCAUCUGUUGUCUUGUGCCACUGAUUGUAGCUAUGAAAAAGUAUCAGCUCCGCUUUGAACUAGAUUUUUGACAAUAUUUUAAGUAAUUUUUAGACGUGCAAAAUUCCCGCGACAAAAUUACAUUCAAAUUGGUACUUGUCGCUGCAAGGUAGCGGCAUUAGUUUGAGACAAAGGUCGAGACAAUGUAGUUUUUAGUACAUAUAUCUAUCGCACUGGUUUUGUAAAAAUCGUGCGGUCUUACUGAAGUCAAAGAGCAGAGUCAAGAUACUAUGAACUAGUCUCUGGGCAGAGUGAAUGUUCAUCAGGGCAAUCGGCAAUGUUAACAUAGUAACAAGUAACAAGUAGCUUUUGUUGCCGGGUACAUAAUAGGUUUAUAAGCCUUAGUAGCUCACAGCUAGCAAAGCUAUUCUGGGUGAGGUACUAUUACUUUAAGAGUAUUAUCUACUUUAGCUAAAAGAAAUAAUAAGAGAAAAAAUAAAGGAAAAUAAAGAAAUUUGAUAGUGUACACAACGAGAUAAUAAGUCAGGGUUUGGGAAGGAGUCAGUUUGUUCAGAUCGCGCCAUCCUCAGAGUAACAUGGUAUCAUCUGUUGGACUUGCAGACUGCGCUUUACUAGACUCUGAUAACGAUUGCUGUGUUGCUUAUUGUUCAUAAGAGAUAGCAAAUAUUACAAUAAACUGCACUAUAACUUUA